AUGUCGAUCUUGGCGGCUUGGGAGUUCUACGACAAGCACAAAGCUGAGAUAACCUGGGAUGUCGUGGUUAUCAAUCCAUUUGUAUUCGGUCCAGUUAUCCAUGACGUGGCCUCUUGCGACACGCUCAAUACAUCUUCAUCCGACCUCCUCAAAGUACUCCCGACCCCGUCUACCUCUCUAUCUGCCAUGUCGUCGGAGACAUUGACCCCCACUGGCUCAUGCUGGAUCGACGUACGCGAUUUAGCGGAAGGACACGCGAAGGCGCUCGAGGUCCCCGACGCCGGAGGGGAGAGGAUCAUCAUCAGUGCGGGACCGUACGUCUGGCAGGAUUGGAUCGACGUGGCCCAAGGCCUUUCCCCAUCCGUCGCCCUGCCAUAUUGCAUGGUAAAAGAAUGCUAA